UUCCCGGCUCAGGUAAUAUCUCUGUUUUUCUAAUCUCUCCCAAAAUUUUGCGAAGCAGACCAAGGCAACGAUUCUCUUGAUUACGACCGGCGGUUAUCAUCUACCCUCCGGCAGCUUCCCGGUAUGCUUCGAGGGCAAGGUCUGUCAUUGAGUACUCUAACAACGUACGGUAACUGUGGGAUUGCUGCAUCAAUUCCAUCUUGGAGGAGACAAUUAAGCGUAGUAUGGAAGACCCAUAUGGAUUCUGGAACCCGUCCCAACUGGCCUUUGAGCUGGGAUGUUCAAGGCUUGGUCUCUGUGGGUAACCCCAAUGUAUUGGGGAGAAGGAGCUUGAGAGUUGAAGCUGGAUGGCUUUUCGGUAAGAGUACCGGGAACGAAGAAGACUCCGGUGCAAGCAUUGAGGGUAGUGAGAGUGCGAAUGAAGACAUUCUGAUUUUCUUUUUCCAGCUCGAUCUGGCAACUCGUGUCCAGUGUGCUCUGAAUAUGGAACAGUAUGACAUUGCAAAUCAGCUGCGGAACAAGCUUACUGAGGUCGGUUCUGGUUUAAUGACUGUCCUGGUUGAAGAAGAGAUUAUGAAGCAGAAGGAAACUAAAAGAGGUUCAUCCUCAAAGAGUGAAGCUCAAGAGAAAGCUAUAAAUAUAAUAAGACUACGAGCUGACCUACAGAACGCAAUUGAGAAAGAAGAUUAUGCUUUGGCAGCUGAGUUUCGGGAUCGGAUUUCUAAACUGGAAAAGGAAUCUCUGGCUGUAUCUGCAGAAGCUCUGGCAUAUGCAAAUGUGGAAUAUGGAUUUCGUUUAGGGCAGAAAGUGAAGCACAAAAUCUUUGGUUAUAGAGGUGUGAUUUGUGGGAUGGAUCCUGUUUGCUGUGAAUCAAGUUCAUGGAUGGAAGCUGCACAGAUUCAGAAGAUGGAUCGAGGUCCUAAUCAGCCCUUUUACCAGCUUUUGGUCGAUGUGCAAGCAGAUCCAAAUUUACUAGUGACAUAUGUUGCUGAGGACAAUUUGGAAGCUCCAGAGAAACCUGACUUGGCAAGGUUUGACCAUCCCUAUACAUCCUUCUUAUUCUAUGGAGUGGAUACAGCAGGAGACUUCAUCCCCAUCAAACAACUGCGCGAGAAAUUCAAUCGGCCACGCCAUGAAUUGCCCAUGGACCCAUCAGAUGAGAACUCUGGAGGGGGCAAACCCUAAAUGGUGUUAAAAGCUGCUGAUUUCUGCUUCCGGUGAGAUUUGGGUCCAUCUGUGCUUAUUAUGGGUUUCGGUUAUUAUACUGCCCCAAGUGAAGCUGUAAGCAGGGUUCGAAACUGCCAGAUCACCCUCCUCAUGUGAGUUCAGCCAUUGGAUCGAUGCAGGUACUUGGAUGGGCCUCUAAUUGUAUGUUGUGGACUGCAGAUUCUAUCCAGUUAGCAGCAUCUACUGUUCGUACAUAACUCUUGUAGAUUAAUGCAGUAACUGUUUUGAUUACCCUCUCCCGAAUGAUUUCACUUCAUUCUAUAAACGCUUGAAAGAUACCGAUGUAUCAAUCCAUGGGUGACUUUCUCAGCUCCACCCAGGGGCGGAACCAGGGGACACCUCUAAAUUUUGGGAAAAUGAUUAUCCAACCCCGGUGGUAAUUUACGUAUAAACAAAAAAAAUAGAAUACAUAGUGAGGGACACCCCUGAAAUUUGAAAAAAUGAUUAUCCUACUGUCAUUUGUGUAAAAAAAAAUAUAAAUGGUAGGUUGGGUAAUUCAAAUCUAGAACACUAUUAUUAUUAAUAAACUUAAUUUCCG